AUGAAAUUAGCCCAGCUCCUUCGGGCGGAAGAACGCCUCGACAAGUCGGAAGCAUGGGAAUUCCAGUGGCAUGGGAACCAGUUCCUGAGGCAGGGGAGCCAGACGCUCGGGGCUCACCUGAUGGACCUGGAGAAAAACCUCUCGGCCCUGACGGAGACGACGCGGGAGCACGCCGAGCGAAUCGCGCAGCUGGCGCUCUCCAACGAAGACCUGAGGAAAGCCAACGAAGACCUGAGGAAAGACAACGAAGACCUGAAGCUCUCCAACGAAGACCUGAAGCUCUCCAACGAAGACCUCCAGUCCCGGCUCCGCGAAUUCCAGCGCGAUCGGAACGAGACGAAACUCCGCCGGGACGAAGUCGAAGGACGACUGCAAUUUCUCGAGGGAAUUAACACGCUGCAAAACACGCCCAGAACGUGCCAAAGCCUGGCGGACUUGGGGGUGACGACGACGGGGAUUUACUCGGUGGAUCCGGACGGAGUCCUCGUCGGCGACCCGCCGAUCAAGGUCUUCUGCGACAUGGAAACAGAUCCGGUCUCCACGAUCGUCCUGCACGACGCGAUGGACGAAGACGCGGUCGUCGACCGCUGCGAUCGCCCCGGCUGCUUCGGUCGGAACGUGACGUACAACGCUUCCAUGACGCAGAUGGUGGCGUUGAUCGAUCGGUCUCAGUCCUGCGACCAGAAGAUAAGAUACGGCUGCCUUUCGGCGGCCCUGAGCACCGGCGGCGCCACGCAAUACGCAUGGUGGGUCGACCGCCACGGCCAGCCUCAAUAUUACUGGCACGGAUGGAACGCGACGGAACACACGUGCGCUUGCGGCCUCACCGAGUCCUGCAUCGACAACAACCUGCUCUGCAACUGCGACGCGGAAGCGCCUCAGUGGGAAUCGGACUCGGGGACGAUCACCAACGAGACGGCGCUGCCCAUCACCCAGCUGCGAUUCGGCGGACUGCAGUUCGAAGGGCAGAGAGCGAACUUCACGCUGGGCGGAUUGGUCUGCAGGGGGGAGGCAUCCAGCGGCAAGGCCGUCCAGGGAGGGGUCUCUCGGGCGGAGCAUCCGGCGGAGUCGUGCUCGACGCUGCGCCGAGCCGGGAACGGUCACACGGGAUUUCAUCUGGUCGAGAGGAAUGGACGGCUGGAUGUCGUCCGUUGCAGGAUGGACCUGAGCGAGACGGACCCCGAGUUUCAGGUGGAGACUGGGGUUCGCAUCGCGGAGCAUCCCGUGUAUUUCAAUGCGUAUCGGAAGAACAGUUGGAGCCAGACGGGAAAAAUUUCUUUCGAGGGGACCGAAUUGAACGUGGGCAACGCAACGGAUCCGAGCAGCGGCGUUUUCACCGCACCCGCGGACGGCAUAUACGAGUUCCGGUAUCAUUUCCGGAACUCUCACCACUAUCAGAGCGAGGUGGUCUUGAGACGAAACGAACAAAUUCAGGAACGUUUGUACACUUCUGGAGGAAGCAACACGAUCGGGGGGUCCUAUCUGCUCGAGCUGAAGAGGGGCGACAAAGUGGAUCUUUACUUAUCGUCGGGAGCGAUCCAAUCGGUGCGGUUUGAGGGAUUUUUGUUGUAUCCUGUGUGGAACGACGAAUGGAAUGAAUUAUGA